GGGAGAAUAUCCCUGGCAGCGCCGCCGAGACCGGAGUCAGAGCCGAGUCUGCAGCUCUGAGCCUGGAGCCUCGGGUCAGAUCGGAUCCCGCUGCGGGCGCUGCAGACCGGGCGCCCCUGCGCUGCUCCAGCCGGGACCCCCGCCACCACCCACCCAGCGGCGGACAGGAGCCCCCGAGACCCCGAGGCGCAGGGAGAGCCAGCGCCAGCCCCUGAGGAGGAGGCUCGACACCUCCGGCUGCAGAGAUGUCCUGGAAGCUCUGGCUGACCUUGACCCUGGCGGCCGCACUGGUGAGGGCGGCCGAUGGCAGGAAGAACCGGCCUGCGGGCGCCAUCCCCUCGCCCUACAAGGACGGAGGAGGAGGAGGAGGAGGAGGAGGAGGAGGAGGAGGAGGCAGCAACAACUCGGAGCGCUGGCAGCACCCGGUGAGGGAGGUCAAGGAGGUGCUGGCGUCCAGCCAGGAGGCGCUGGUGGUCACGGAGCGCAGGUACCUGAGGAGCGACUGGUGCAAGACGCAGCCGCUGCGGCAGACGGUGGGCGCCGAGGGCUGCCGCAGCCGCACGGUGCUCAACCGCUUCUGCUACGGCCAGUGCAACUCCUUCUACAUCCCCCGCCAGGCCCGCCGCCCCGAGGAGGCCGCCUCCUUCCAGUCCUGCGCCUUCUGCCGGCCCCAGCGGGUGGCCUCUGUGCUCGUGGAGCUGGACUGCCCCGGCCUGGACCCGCCCUUCCGGCUCAAGAAGAUCCAGAAGGUGAAGCAGUGCAGGUGCAUGUCCGUGAACCUGGGCGGCUCGGACAAGCAGUGAGAUCCGUGGCGCACCGGCCCCGGGACGCACCGGCCACCACCGGCCCCUCCGGCCCUGUCCUCGAACCCGCUCUCCUUGGGGAGGAUCGUGUCCUGGUUGCAGCUUGGCUGAUGGGUGUGGGGGGCCGGCCCCGGGCCUCCCUGCUGCACCCCGGAUCCGGAGGAGGAGGUCUGGAGAGGGGCUGAUGUUUCCACCGUGUGGAAAGGGGCCGUUGCCCUGGCCUGGCCUGCACUCCAGCUCGCCCUCUGCCUCCCGAAGUGAAGGAUGCACCUCCUCUCAACCUUCUGCUGCUGGACCCUGUCCCCCUGGCCCCCCAGGGCCCCUGGUCCCCACGGCUGGGGCUGCCCUCUGGCUGCUGAGCUGUGGAUUUGGAGGAGCUGCUUAUGGGCACGAGUUCCUGUCCCCUGAGGCCAAGAAUUGGUGGCCACAGCGGCUUCCCUGCGGACCUUGCUCUCAGCAGGCCAUGCUCCCCCCGCCCCCCGCCCCCAGCCCCCUUCACCUGCCUCACUCCCCCUCCCCCUCACCCCCCAACAACGGACUCCAGAUGGACGCUGGUGUGCAUGCUGUCAUCGCUGCCGUCCGCAUGUUAUCACACACACGGCCUGCAGGGCGGCGCCCUAGGGUGUCAUGCCUGGCCUGUAUGUACCCCAUAGAGCUGUUCCCAAGGGUUCUGGGUUUGGUUCUCCUACUGGUUCACGGGUUUGGACUCGGGCUCGGCAGCGGGUCCUGGGUCAGGACCAGAGCAGGAGGCUGGCGGGCCCAGACGGUAUCUGACCCAGAAAUACGGCCUGGCAGCGGGUGCCUGCUCCAGAUCAGGAAGGGGGGUGAGGGAGGAGUGGUGGUCUCACACUGAAUGGAAGGAAUGUAGGCACCAGGUUGGGGUGCAGGGGUGCGGGGAAAUUGUUCAUCAUUCCCAUGCCUCUGCAGAGUGAGAAGGCCCGCUAUUUCACUGCCACGGCACUAAGCAAACGCUAUGUUAAAAGAGAGAGCUGUUUAAGAAGGCAAGGAGUUGGGUCCCAUUGUGGUCUAGGCCAGUGGUCGGCACACUCAUUCGUCCACAGAGCCCAAUAGCAACAGCACGACGAUGGACAUGUCUCUGGAGAGCCACAUUUUUUUAAACGUAAACGUCUUCCGACGCCACCUCUUCCACACAGACUCGCCCAGGCCGUGGUGUUCUGUGGAAGAGCCACCCUCCAGGGGCCAAAGGGCCGCAGGUGGCUCGAGAGCCGCAGUUUGCCGACCACAGCUCUAGGAGGAGGUCAAGGCUAUGACGUGUCCAGUGGGAAUCUGUGAACUCCCAGAAUGCCACGGGCUUCCUCUUCAAAGAACAGACUCCCGCCUACAAGACGGGCACCCUUAGGCCAGCUUGCAUAUUUUUUCUCUCAUGAAUUCUUGAGGUUCUCAAGACGGAAGGAAG